GCCAGACAAGAUGGCGUCUGGAGGGGGCCGCGGGCCGGGCCUGCAGCUGGGCCUUCUUCCCGAGGAGGACUGAGGCGAGCCGGCUGCCGGCGGAGGAGGAGCAGGACGCGCGGGCCGCGCCGCAGGACUCUGUGGGCGCCUGGAGGACGACACUGACCGGAGGGCACACUUUGCCUCGAAAGGUGUUGAUGGUAUUCACACAGCAGCGCCUAGGAAUUCUAUGUGACUUGAAUGAUUGUGUACACUUGCGCAAAAAGAACUUGGUCUAGCGUUAUCCACUUCUGGUUCAUGUAAUCAAAGGAGUUUCUUUGUUGUAUGUAUCUUUUCAGAACACAACAGGAUUUCAGAAUGAAUCAGAACUCGAUAGAGCUUGCAGCAUCAGUUGAGACUUUGGCCCACGUACCUGAGCACGUGUUUAAAGGACUUCCCGAGGAAGUGAGACUUCUCCCAUCUGCUGUUGACAAGACACGGCUCGGUGUCUGGGCAACAAAGCCAAUUUUCAAAGGCAAAAAGUUUGGACCGUUUGUUGGCGACAAGAAGAAACGAUCUCAAGUGAAAAGCAAUGUUUACAUGUGGGAGGUCUAUUACCCCAACUUGGGAUGGAUGUGUGUUGAUGCCACAGAUCCAGAAAAGGGGAACUGGCUGCGGUAUGUGAACUGGGCUCGUUCAGGAAAGGAGCAGAAUCUCUUCCCUUUGGAAAUCAACAGAACCAUUUACUACAAAACCUUGAAGCCAAUUGAGCCUGGCGAAGAGCUCCUGGUGUGGUACAAUGGGGAAGACAACCCGGAGAUAGCAGCUGCCAUCGAAGAAGAGCGAGCCAGCAACCGGAGCCGGAGGAACUCUCCCAAAGCCAAGAAAGGGAAGAAAAAAUACCAGGAGGCGAAGAACAAAGGAAAGAAAGCAAUAGACAAAACUCAGAAGACUGUUUUAGAUUUCACUCCUGCCGAUAUGAGGGAUCCUAAGGAAGACCAGAAGCAGGAGGAAGAAGCUCCCUCCGCUUCAGCCGUGCUGUCAUUGGAACAGACAGCUGUUAUCCAAGAGAUGGUAAAUCAAGACACACUUCCAAACCUGGUAGUCUCCAGUCCUGUCAGUGAGCCACAUACAAUAUCUGGAGACAAAUCAGAAGCAAUAAUGUAUGAAUCAAAAGCAUUGGAGGAGGAGGAGGAGGAGGAAGAAGAAGAAGAAGAGGAAGAGGAAGAGAUUGAGGAGGAUGGGGAAGAUCCUGAGGAGGAUGUGGUGGAGGAGGAGGAGGAAGAGGAGGAAGAUCUUAGCUUGCCUAAAGGAAGCCCUGAGAUGGAGCCCAUGUCCGUGUGUGAAGCCAAGCUGGAGUAUGUGGAGGAGCAGAGCAGUGUAUCUGAAGACUCUCCAGAAAGCUCCCCCAAGAAAAAGCCUGUGGCAAAAUUCCCUAAAGUAAGAGAGGAUGGCAGUAUCCAGGAUGGCAGUAUCCGGGAUGCGUUCAUGUUUCCCUGUCAACACUGUGAAAGGAAGUUUACCACGAAACAGGGACUCGAGCGCCACAUGCAUAUACACAUUUCAGCCGUCAGUCAUGCUUUUAAAUGCCGCUACUGUGGCAAAGCCUUUGGCACACAGAUCAACCGGCGAAGGCAUGAGCGGCGGCAUGAGGCUGGGCCAAAGCGGAAACCGUUCUUGAUGUUAGCUUCUGCCCAGCUGUCCCACAGUGGCUCCAAUAACCAAGCAGGUGUCGAGGAGGGUGUUAGAGAUGAAACCAACACCAAGCAAGAGUUGACAGCCACGGAGACUGAGAAAGUUUCUCCAGACAUGUCGGAUCCUGUUCUUGUGGAAGAUAGCAAGGAACCCAAGGAAUUGCAUCCAUGCAAGUACUGCAAGAAGGUCUUUGGCACCCAUACCAAUAUGCGCAGGCACCAGCGAAGGGUUCAUGAACGUCAUCUCAUCCCCAAAGGGGUUAGAAGAAAACCUGAGGAGCCCCAACUUCAGGCAGAGCAAACCCCACAAGCCCCCAAUGACUAUGUAGCAAGCACAGACCUAGAGGAGGAGGGUGAAGCUGAUGACGUGUACAUUAUGGAUGUUUCCAGUAACAUAUCUGAAAACCUCAACUACUACAUUGAUGGCAAGAUUCAAUCCAACAGUACCACGAGCAAUUGCGAGGUGAUUGAGGUAGAAUCCAACUCAGCAGAACUCUAUGGAAUAAACUGUUUAAUUAGUCCUGUGACGGUGGAAAUAUCCCAAAACUUAAAGGCGACACAACCACACCUGUUAGAUGUAUCUAAAGAUUCUCCAGCCAAUGGAAAUAGUGAAUCUAAAAAGAGGAGGACAGCAAGUCCUCCUCUUCUACCUAAGAUAAAAACUGAAAUAGAUCCAGAACCAAUAACAUCAUUGUGCUCCUUGACUAUUCCGCUUACCAUAUCAACAGCAGAGAGUUUGCCUUUCCCCAAAGAGAAAAAUGUUUACCUAUCAUCAAAGCUGAAGCAACUUCUCCAGACACAGGACAGUAACAAAGUCAUCCCACCGUCCCCAUCAUCAUCAACUGAAAUCCCCAAACUGGGACCUCCAGGUGCAUCUUCACCACUUCUGCCUGCAGCCUCCAGCAGGUUCAAAAGGAGAACCAGCUCUCCUCCAAGUUCGCCGCAGCACAGUCCAGCUCUUCGAGAUUUUGGUAAAGUGGGUGAAGGGAAACCCAUUUGGAACGAUUCAGUUCUAGGCUCAAAAAUUCCCAAACUAGAAAGUCAUAGCAAUUCACCUGUAUGGAGUUUGUCUGGGAGAGAAGAAAAAGAGACCACGAGCACUCUUUGCUUAGAAGAGUAUAAAGUAUCAAAGGACUGGACCCCAACUCCUCCAUUUGGUAACGUAUGCAACCAGCAGCCUUUGGACUUAUCCAGUAGUGUGAAACAAAGGUCAAAUUACAAAAAUAGGACCCAGGUUCCUUGGGAAUCAGUGUUGGAUCUAAGCAUACAUAAAAAACCUAGCAGUGAUGCUGAAACCAAGGAAACUAACUUGGCACAAGCAACAUGCAGUAGUGUCAAGAAGAAGCCAACCACAUCCAUGUUACAAAAAGUUCUGCUGAAUGAAUAUAAUGGGACUGAUUCAACAGCAGAAGACUCGGCAGGUGAAACAAAUCAAAGCCUGAGUGUGUGCAAAUUAGCAGAAGCACAUCCAGAGUCUGAACCAGAUGCUGGUCUUCCUGUGCCAGCUGUCAAGUCAGAUCCCCCGAGCCCUUCUGCUGAGACAGCUUUACCUACAUCAUCUACUGUAUCUUCAUGUCCGCUUCCUCCUCUCCUGACUCCGACAAACUCUCCUUCCCCACCCCACUGUCCUCCAAUGUUAAAGGUCCCCACACCACCACCACCUCUCCUUCCUACUGUUCCUUUGCCACUUCCAGAAGAACCUGUCAGUGUCACUCACAGUUCAUGCCCCUCUCCCCUGUCAAAUACUACUGCUCAAUCCCCUCUCCCCAUUCUCUCCCCUACAGUUUCAGCAUCUCCAGUUCCUUCCAUAGAACCUCUUAAUUGUUCUUCACCUGGUCCUCCCAACCUAUCAUCAUCAUCCUCUUCAUCCUCUUCGUCAUCUUUUUCUUCCUCCUCCUCUUCAUCGUCAUCUUCAUCUCCUUCCCCUCCUCCUCUCUCAGUAGUUUCUUCUGUUCUUUCCCCUGGCGAUAACCUAGAAAACUCUGUCCCCAUAAUGUCUUUUAAACAGGAAGAACUGGAAAAUGAGCAUCAAAAGUUAAGGGAAGACCCACACAGUUCAAGUGAAGCAGAUAUUGUUAAGGAGACUUUUAACAAGAACUUUGUGUGCAAUGUCUGUGAGUCACCUUUUCUUUCAAUUAAAGAUCUAACCAAACAUUCAUCUAUUCAUGCUGAAGAGUGGCCCUUCAAAUGUGAAUUUUGUGUACAACUCUUUAGAGAAAAAACAGACUUGUCAGAACAUCGGUUUUUGCUCCAUGGAGUUGGAAACAUCUUUGUGUGUUCCAUCUGCAAGAAAGAAUUUGCCUUCUUAUGCAACUUGCAGCAACAUCAGCGAGAUCUCCACCCCAACAAAGAGUGCUCGCACCAUGAGUUUGAAAGUGGAACACUGCGACCACAGAACUUCACAGAUCCCAGUAAGGCCAACACUGAGCACAUGCAAAUCCUACCGGAAGAUUCCUCAGAACCAUCUAAGGAAGAAGAGGAAGAUGAAGAGCUCAAUGACUCUUCUGAAGAACUUUAUACAACCAUCAAAAUAAUGGCUUCUGGAGUCAAGUCAAAAGAUCCAGAUGUCCGUAUGGGCCUCAAUCAGCACUACCCAAGUUUUAAACCCCCUCCAUUCCAGUAUCACCACCGUAAUCCUAAUGGCAUUGGAGUUACUGCCACAAAUUUCACUACUCACAAUAUUCCACAAACUUUCACCACUGCCAUUCGGUGCACUAAGUGUGGGAAGAGUGUGGACAACAUGCCUGAAUUGCACAAACACAUCCUGGCUUGCGCGUCUGCCAGUGACAAGAAACGGUAUACGCCGAAAAAGAAUCCGGUGCCAUUAAAGCAGACCAUCCACCCUAAAAAUGGUGUCGUCCUUCCUGGCCCAGCGAGCAAUACUUUCAGACGCAUGGGCCAGCCCAAGCGACUCAGUUUCAGUGUUGAGAUGAGUCGGAUGUCCUCGAACAAACUAAAAAUCAGCGCCUUGAAGAAGAAAAACCAACUUGUCCAGAAAGCCAUCUUGCACAAGAAGAAAUCUCAGCAGAAGGCGGAGUUGAGAAAUGGCACCAUGGAGCCCAGCUCUCACAUCUGCCCCUAUUGCAACAGAGAAUUCACGUAUAUUGGGAGCUUGAACAAGCAUGCUUCCUACAGCUGCCCCAAAAAACCUGUAUCCCCUCCCUCUAAAAAAAAUGCUAAAAAGAAAAGUGGGACUUCAUCGAGCAGUGAUAAAACCAGUAACCAGCGCCGGCGAACAGCAGAUGCAGAGAUCAAGAUGCAAAGCAUGCAGGCUCAUCUGGGCAAGACCCGAGCUCGGAGCUCAGGCCCCAUGCCAAUCCAGCUGCCGUCAGCAUCCUUCAAAUUGAAGCAAAAUGUCAAGUUUGUCCCACCGAUUCGGUCAAAAAAGCCGAGCGUGUCAUCAGCAGCCAGGAAUGCCAGCCCGGUGCGAGUGGCCAAAAUGACUCCAACAGAGGGCAAAAAAGCCAAAGCGGGGGUCAGCAAGAACAAUUCCCUCGGACUCUCGAGUAAAGCAUCCCGCAAGCUGCAUGUCAGGAUACAGCGAAACAAAGUCGCUUUGGCCAGCAAAUCCACCACGGCAAACAAGAAAAAAGUGGACAGGUUCAGCAUGAAGUCGAGAGAGAGGGUGGGAGGCCCGGUCACGCGCAGUCUGCAGCAAACAGCCAGCGUGGACAGCGCAGAGAGUAAGAGGGAAGAAACCAGUGCAAGGCAAGAGCUAAAAGACUUCAGGAAUCUCCUGUAACAAACCAAGCAUGCAAGAAUUGUAGAUGGAAGUUCCUAACGGAGACACUCAAGCCGGUGCAUGCUCAGCUUGGAGCAGAAAAGCACGGUGGCUGCCGACACUUGAGAGAACCAGCCAGAGCGGACUCCGCCCCGCGAGGGCCGCUUGCCGCUCACUUGACGUGCCAGCAGCAGAGCUCAGACUCAAGAAGUUCUGCCAGACUCAAGAAGUUCUUGGUUGCAAGGAAAGAGGAUACAUGGAUGUCUCCCCCCUAUGUUUUUGUUUUGUGUGUGUGUGUGUGUGUGUGUGUGUGUUUUUAAAGGAAGCGUAUUGAGCUACGUGGAGCAAGUCCUACCACAGCCUUCAUAGCUCAUGCUUCUGAUUUGCUUUCACCUAACGGAAGAGCUUGGAAAAAGAGAGCGAGAGGGAGAGAGCGAGCGCAAUGGACGAUGUAACCAAAAUAUAUGCAAAGCAGUUUCCUCCUUUCAUCAGAAACUCCCAGUAUAUUCAGGGAUGACAAAACGUUGCUGCACUCGAAAUAUUUUUGGUCACACAUUGAGUCUCUUUAAAAUCAUUGUGUUAAACCAGCCAGUCAAAGAAGCUCAAGGGGCGUUGGGGCUGGGGGGGGGGCAGGGUUCCUUUCCUCCUGACUCCUGAACUCACUCCCAUGCUUGGGUUUGGUGGGGAAGGGCAUAGAAGCAGGCUUGGAUGUUUGCAUCGCUUCCUCCAAUCUUCUGUUUAUAUGUGGGAGAAAGAGAGAGGUUUCCUCCCGUCGUCACUUCUGGCCUCCAUUUCUGAAAUCUCUCAGAGUGGAUGUUGUCCACAGUUCAUUGUGAAUUAACUGUUCACCAUAUGAUCCUGUACAGCACAAAGGAGUUUACACAAAUGAAAUUACUGCUAAUUGGUUGAUGUAUCUGUAUCAAAUAACAGGAGCUGCAGAGUUUUUCCUAAUUGUAAAGCAAGAUUUCCCCCCACCUCCAGAAAUACACUCAGCUGGUAAAAAGCAGCUACUUUCGUUUGUGCACCCCAUUUUUAAAAUUUUUAUCUUAUUUUAUUUGUUCUUGACUUAAAAAGUAAUCUACCUCUUAAAAUCUGUAGUUUUAAUAUUGUUUGGUGAAUUCGUGCCACUUUAACACCUUCCCUUUUCACUAUCAUUCCCUUUUUUGUUACAUUUUUUUUCUCGGUUUAUGGGGACUUCUACAUGGAACUAUUGUAUAAAGCAUUUGUAGCAAGUUUGGAAAAAAUAAAAUAUUUAAAAUUA